AAGUGUCUAUUGUACACCUGAACAAAAGAUUUAAAAAUGUGAACGCCAUGUAUGUGCACUCUGUCGGAACUACAUUAUUAAUCUGAAACAGAACAAGCAUAGCAAACGGGUUUAACUGGGAUGUAUUAAAAUAUUAUCUUCUGGGGGUUUUCAUGGAAGUGGAUGAAAAAUGGGCAGAAAUCGAAAAAGGAACAGAAGAUGGGGUCAGAAUCAGCGACUGCCGGCGCAGUCUCAACCUUCUUCACAAUUCCCGUCGAGUUUCAGGAUUGGAGAGCACAUAGGGACAGAGGAUCGUGGCACAGAGUUUAAAGAUGGUCAAGGGUUUAUCGACAUUGACUUCCGUGCCAGUGUGGCGAAAUAUGUGUCAGCGUUUGUGAACAGCCAUGCACAUGGAACGCUUUUCGCAGGCGUCAAUAAUGCAGGCCAUGUGACCGGCUACGAAAUAACCCAAUCAAAAGAGGAUCGUCUUAGACUACAAAUUGAUGAAGCAAUCAAAGAUAUAAAGCCGAACAUAUUUCCAAACGACUACUCCGUCGUCUUCAUACCGGUAACAAAUCAGAAAGGAGAUCUAGCGGAUGGGUAUAGAACAGGACGGUACUCCGUUGUGAUAUGUAUCGAUGUUAACGGUGAUCGUAUAAACAACAAUAGGCAGCUUUACAGAACACUUCAAGGAACUUUUAUGAGAAGAGACGCCGGAGUGCAAUCUUUGGACGCACAGGAUAUCCAUGAGUUCUAUCAAAGGAGAAAUCAAAGUGAGAUGGAUCGGUUGAAGAAUGACCUUAAACAGAAAAACAAACACAAAGACAAUGAGUUUGACAAAAGGAUUCGUGAAAUUGAAAAUAAACACAAACAGACGGAAGAAGCGUUGGAAAGAGAGAGACUGGAACUGCUUGCUAAAACUAAUAAACUGCAAGAAGAAAUAGAAAGGUUCAAACAGCAACGUGAGGAGAGUGUAGAUGCCCGAGGAACAGAGAGAAAUCAAAGUGAGAUGGAUCCGCUGAGGAGUGAUCUUAAACAGACAACCGAACAAAAAGACAAUGAGUUUGACAGAAGAAUGCGUGAACUUGAAAAUGAACACAAACAGAAGGAGGAAUCGUUGGAAAGAGAGAGGCUGGAACUGCUUGCUAAAACUAAUAAACAGCAAGAAGAAAUAGAAAGGUUUAAACAGCAACGGAAGGAAAAUGUAGAGGUCCGAGGAGCAGAGGCGUCAAAACAGACCCAAGAAGAAAGGCGGAAACCUAGUGGCCAAACUGAUACAAAAUCAAAACUGUGUACGAUAUCCUAGAACAUGAAUUGGGUGAUCUCAUUUGACUUACUGAGAACAUAUCUGACGCAAUCACUUGACGAAGUGUUCGACAUGAUGACGCCAAACGACGCGUGCCCACUUAUCACGUGAUGAUGUGAACGCCCCGGAAAAUUCGCAAAAUCUGAUAUGAUAUUCUUAUUGUUCUGUCUGACUUAGCUGCUUUGUAUUGCAUUGUGUUGAAAUUGUUUUAUUCAUAACUUUCUGUCAGUGUUUCAAGUGCAAAUCGUAUUUAAAAAUCCAAAUCUAGCUAUUUUUUGUGUUUUCGGAAGAACAAUAUAUACAUAUUUACAAUUUUGUAUGGGUAUAUGUUUGUUUUCGACUGUUUUUAAUUAUUUGAACAACUGACCACCAUUUUGACGCAGUAGUUAAUAUUUUAAUGCACUUACUGUUCUUGUUAAACACCCCAUUCUUGAGCUUGACAGUGUUCACGUGUACACGGGCAAAGAACCACGUGCAUAGGCGUAGCUACAUGGAGGCAUCGGUGGCCCGGCCCGGGCCUACAACAAAAUAGA